UUUUUUUUUUUACUUCCUCUCAUCUUUCUCACUGUAGGCUAUACAUUGAGAAACCCUCUGUUCCCCAGGAGAAGAGGAUCACCCUGGCAGAGUAUCUCCAGCAGCUCUCUCGGCAUCGCAACUUCCUCUGGUUUGUCUGCAUGAAUCUAAUCCAGGUUUUUCAUUGCCACUUUAACAGCAACUUCUUCCCCCUGUUCCUGGAGCACCUGCUGUCAGACCAGAUCUCUGUAUCUACUGGAUCCUUCCUCCUUGGUGUUUCCUACAUUGCCCCCCAUCUCAACAACCUCUACUUCCUGUCCCUCUGCCGCCGCUGGGGUGUUUAUGCUGUAGUCCGAGGACUUUUCUUCCUGAAGCAGGCUCUCAGUGUUGUCAUGCUCCUGGCAGGACCUGAUCAGGUGUAUCUGCUCUGCAUCUUCAUAGCAAGCAACCGGGUGCUCACAGAAGGGACCUGUAAGUUGCUCAACCUGGUGGUGACUGACUUGGUGGAUGAGGAUCUUGUACUGAACCGCAGAAAGCAGGCAGCUUCAGCACUGCUUUUUGGCAUGGUUGCUCUGGUCACCAAGCCAGGACAGACCUUCGCCCCCCUGAUAGGCACCUGGCUGCUCUCUGUGUACACAGGCUAUGAUAUCUUCCAGCGUAACCCCUUGAGCAACGUGGUGAGCGCCCAGCCGAAGCUGGAAUCCCAUACAGUCUUGGAGCCAACUCUCCGCCAGGGCUGCUUUUAUCUCCUCGUCUUUGUUCCCAUCACAUGUGCACUGCUGCAGCUCUUCAGUUGGUCUCAGUUCAGCUUGCAUGGGAAGCGUCUGCAGAUGGUAAAGGCUCAGCGCCAAGGCCGAGCACCAGAAAUCAAAAUGAUCUAGGGGUGUUUGUGCUCCUGGCGGUGCUUCUGGUUCCAGGCUGGUGUGGGACUGCUGGCAAAGUGAAGGGAUUGCUGGCUGGGAAAGCCCCCAUGUUUACAAUUUAACUGUGAUGUGCUGUGAUGCUGAUGUUAACUCAUCCCAGGAGGUGGCCACGGGGAAAGCAGAGGAGUGUUGAGCAUGUACUGGGCUUGGGAUAGGUCACUUGGCUACAGCAGUGAGAGCAUUCCGGCCUUGCUGGUCCUAGAAAGCAGAAUUCUAGGGCAGGGCUGCAGCACGUGCUAGAGAGGGUUGCAUCCCUGGUGUGAUAUUCUAACCUGGGCAUACCUCUGACCCACAGCCCCUCAGGCAGAGCAGAAAGGGGGGAGCAACUGGAAGCCUUUCCUGUAGAGCCCUGUAGUUUUUGGGAAUGGAGGGAGAGGUUCUUCAGGGACCAGGUAACAAAGGAGGAUUAACUUCAGAAGAAGAGGUGAUAUGGGAAGACCCUGAAGGCCCUUCUCAGUAGCUGGAAAGACCUCUCUCACAUUCAGUGCCAUGGUUCUUUGACCAAAUCUGCUCUUAGGCUUGUUUCUGGGACAAUAUCUUGCACAGAACACAAGGCUCCCUCCUACAAGGCCUUGCACAGGGAGGUGCUGGGCUCAGAACCUGGAUGUCUCAUGGCAUCUUGUUGCUGGUGUUCAUCCUGUCCCUCCCUAGCCCCUUGCAGUCAGCACUAUUACAGCAGUGCUUCCCAUGUUAGCUGGUAGGUUCAGAUCAGGGAAGGAGCCUGUAACACAGCAGACAAAACGCUUCCCCUCCCAAGGCUGACACUGCUGCCUGCGUGAAGCAGCUCAGUGCCUUCCCUUCUUGCAGGUGGAGAUUAAGCCUGGAGACAGCAGGUCAUGCUUUUGUGCCUUCUAUUCCAUUGAGAAGCCUGUUUGACCUAACACGGGGCAGUCACAGGGUUGAGAUUUUACUUGUUGGGGAGAGAGACAUCUUCUGUGCUUCAAAAAGCCCUGCUGAUAAAUUUUUCUGGUUGCUGAGUGAUGGAGCCAAGGAGAGGGGAAAGUUUGGACUCCUUCUCUGUCUGGGAGCAGAUGGGGCAGAUGGUUACCCAGAGAUCUCAAAAUGAGGCAGUGUCUCCUCAGUCUUAGGGUUGCUGUGGGCAGGCAGAAGUGAUGUGCUGAAGUAGAAUGGGUAAGCACUCUGCCCCGUGCUUCCUGCAGGAGGUGGAGAUAGGCUCACAUUACUGCUGUUAUCCAUUCUGUCACCUCCCAGGCCUUCUGUACCAGGUUCCCUCUGCAAACGCAGCCCACAGAUCUGCUGUCUUGCCUCAGGACAUGGCUGCCUCCUGUCUUGGACCAAGACAUUUCUCUUGUGAGGCUCCUGUUGGUCUUACUGGUUCAAUCAUAAGUUAUUUGUGUAGAUU